AUGGUUGAGGUUCUAUUCCGCUACACUGGAUAUUUAGUCUUAGAAAAGAUUAAAUUUAGAUUCUAUAUAAAAGGACCUUCGAGUCCUGUAGAUUCGGUGGUGAACGUCUGGAAGCACGGACAAAGCGGUGUGUUUAGAGGCUGGGUGACCUCUUCUGACACAUCUCGGGGUCACAUGCGAGAGGUACAUGAGCCUCAGCAAGGAGAGUUGCAUUGCCAGAACAUGCACUUGAAGGGGAAUUGGACAGUGGCAGACAGUCAGAUGGACAGAGCCAGAUACAUACACACUCAGAUGUAUACAGACAAACAGGACCAACAACCGCAACAAAAUCACAAUCACCAUCACCGUCAUCAGCAGCAGCAGCGACGGCGCAGACAACAGGACCAACAACCGCAACAAAAUCACAAUCACCAUCACCACCAACAACCCCGAGCAGACAACAGGACCAACAACCGCAACAAAAUCACAAUCACCAUCACCGUCAUCAGCAGCAGCAGCGACGGCGGCCCAGGACAACAGGACCAACAACCGCAACAAAAUCACAAUCACCAUCACCACCAACCAACCACCGAGCAGACAACAGGACCAACAACCGCAACAAAAUCACAAUCACCAUCACCGUCAUCAGGCAGCAGCAGCGACGGCGCAGACAACAGGACCAACAACCGCAACAAAAAUCACAAUCACCAUCACCACCAACAACCCCGAGCAGACAACAGGACCAACAACCGCAACAAAAUCACAAUCACCAUCACCGUCAUCAGCAGCAGCAGCGACGGCGCAGACAACAGGACCAACAACCGCAACAAAAUCACAAUCACCAUCACCACCAACAACCCCGAGCAGACAACAGGACCAACACCGCCAACAAAAUCACAAUCACCAUCACCGUCAUCAGCAGCAGCAGCGACGGCGCAGACAACAGGACCAACAACCGCAACAAAAUCACAAUCACCAUCACCACCAACAAAACCCGAGCAGACAACAGGACCAACAACCGCCAACAAAAUCACAAAUCACAUCACCGUCAUCACAGCAGCAGCGACGGCGCAGACAACAGGACCAAACAACCGCAACAAAAUCACAAUCACCAUCACCACAACCCCGAGCAGACAACAGGACCAACAACCGCAACAAAAUCACAAAUCACCAUCACCGUCAUCAGCAGCAGCAGCGAGCGGCGCAGACAACAGGACCACAACCGCAACAAAAUCACAAUCACCAUCACCACAACACCCCCGAGCAGACAACAGGACCAACAACCGCAACAAAAUCACAAUCACCAUCACCGUCAUCAGCAGCAGCAGCGACGGCGCAGACAACAGGACCAACAAACGCAACAAAAACACAAUCACCAUCACCACCAACAACCCCGAGCAGACAACAGGACCAACAACCGCAACAAAAUCACAAUCACCAUCACCGUCAUCAGCAGCAGCAGCGACGGCGCAGACAACAGGACCAACAACCGCAACAAAAUCACAAUCACAUCACACCAACAACCCCGAGCAGACAACAGGACCACAACCGCAACAAAAUCACAAUCACCAUCACCACCCAACAAAACCGCCGAGCAGACAACAGGACAACAACCGCAACAAAAAUCACAAUCACCAUCACCAUCAUCAGCAGCAGCAGCGACGGCGCAGACAACAGGACCAACAACCGCAACAAAAUCACAAUCACCAUCACCGUCAUCAGCAGCAGCAGCGACGGCGCAGACAACAGACCAACAACCGCAAACAAAAUCACAAUCACCAUCACCACCAACAACCCCGAGCAGACAAACAGGACCAACAACCGCAACAAAAUCACAAUCACCAUCACCAUCAUCAGCAGCAGCAAGCGACGGCGCAGACAACACGACCAACAACCGCAACAAAAUCACAAUCACCAUCACCGUCAUCAGCAGCAGCAGCGACGGCGCAGACAACAGGACCACAACCGCAACAAAAUCACAAUCACCAUCAACACCAACAACCCCGAGCAGACAACAGGACAAACAACCGCAACAAAAUCACAAUCACCAUCACCGUCAUCAGCAGCAGCAGCGACGGCGCAGACAACAGGACCAACAACCGCAACAAAAUCACAAUCACCAUCACCACCAACAACCCCGAGCAGACAACAGGACCAACAACCGCAACAAAAUCACAAUCACCAUCACCGUCAUCACACCGGCCGGACUUGCACGACUGGAUCCGACGCCCACACCGCCCGCGACCUCUUGCACCCACGCCCACGCCCCAUACCUCCUUGUGA